UUUCUCCUAUUUCCUCUCCAUUCACACCACACAAUACCUCUUCUUUCUUCAAAGACACAAUCUUUAUACUUCACUUUCUCUUUGGUUGUAACAUUUCUCAUCAACCAAUCAAAUCUUUAAUUGAUCCCUCACUUUCUAAGUAAAAAAUUUAAAAAUAUUGGUUUAAUAUACAUUUUGUUUUCUUGAAAUUUGUUAAAAUAUAAAGAAAAGAUACAUACUUUGUGUUUAGUGUUUGAAAUGGUGUAAAAGGGUAGUUUCUUGAUUUUUUUUUUCUUUUUGGGAUUUUUGAGGAAAAAGUAUAUAUAUUCUGUGUAGUGUUUGAAAAGGGUGAAAAAGGGUAGUUCUUUUUUUCUUUUUUUGGGAUUUUUGAGAAAAGGUGUAAUCUUUAAAUUGUUAGAAGAUAAAGAAAGAUAUAUAGUGUAUGCAUAGUGUUUGCUAAGGUGAAAAAGGGAGUUUCUUGAUAUUUUUUUUGAGAAAAGGUGUAAUCUUUGUUUGGAAUGGAGGGAUUUGGAGGAAAAUUGAAGAUUUUAAGGCCAGUUUUGUCAAUUUUAUGGAGUUUUCUAUUAGCUGCUGUUUUUGUAUCAGCAGAAAGAAGAAUCAAGAGGGACGUUAUUGAACAAAAUGCAUCUGAGCUUUCAGAUGCAGAUUACCUUUCAGCUGUAGCCAACUUCUUAUGGAGGCCUAAUAAAUCUGGUUAUCAACAUGUUUGGCCGGAUAUGAAAUUUGGAUGGCAAAUUGUUCUUGGUUCCACGAUUGGAUUCUUGGGCGCAGCGUUUGGGAGUGUAGGUGGUGUUGGUGGUGGUGGUAUAUUCGUACCAAUGCUUAGUCUUAUUGUCGGAUUUGAUCCGAAAUCAGCUACAGCAAUUUCAAAAUGUAUGAUCAUGGGAGCUGCAGUCUCUACUGUUUACUAUAACUUAAAGCUCAGGCAUCCCACAAUCGCCAUGCCUAUUAUUGAUUAUGACUUGGCUGUGCUCAUUCAGCCUAUGUUGAUGCUUGGCAUUAGUAUUGGAGUUACUUUCAAUGUGAUAUUCGCAGAUUGGAUGGUUACGGUUCUGUUAAUUGUUCUCUUCCUUGGCACGUCAACCAAGGCCUUUCUAAGAGGGGUUGACACAUGGAAGAAAGAAACUAUUGUGAAAAAGGAGGCUGCUGCUAAACUUUUACGAACAAAUGGCACGCGUGAUGAAGCAGAAUACAAACUCCUUCCUGGCGGUCCAGCCAAUGGUGCUGCCAAGCGUGCAGCUGAACCACGGGUUCCUAUCGUGGAGAACGUUUGCUGGAAGGAAUUUGGACUUCUCUGCUUUGUUUGGGUUGCAUUUCUAGCACUGCAAAUUGGAAAGAUUUACACAUCUACUUGCUCGGUAUGGUACUGGGUGGUGAAUUUGUUGCAGGUCCCAGUUUCUGUUGGGGUAUCUUUUUAUGAAGCUAUUAGCCUGUACAAAGGAUGGAGAAGGAUUCAAUCCAAGGGAGAUGAUGGCACCGAUUUUCGAGUGACACAACUGAUUGCUUAUUGCUCCUUUGGUAUACUAGCUGGUAUGGUUGGUGGACUUCUUGGUCUUGGUGGAGGAUUUAUCAUGGGUCCAUUGUUUUUGGAGCUCGGCGUCCCUCCUCAGGUCUCAAGUGCUACGGCUACCUUUGCGAUGAUGUUCUCCUCAUCAAUGUCCGUGGUUGAGUAUUACCUUCUAAAGCGUUUCCCAGUUCCUUAUGCUCUCUACUUUGUUGCUGUGGCAACUAUUGCUGCUUUCGUUGGGCAACAUGUCGUGAGGAGGUUGAUUAUUGUAUUAGGACGCGCAUCGCUUAUCAUCUUCAUCCUUGCCUUCACAAUUUUUGUGAGCGCCAUAUCACUAGGUGGAGUCGGUAUAUCAAAUAUGAUUGGGAAGAUCCAACGCGAUGAAUACAUGGGAUUCGAGAACCUUUGCAAUUAUAGGAUUUAAGAAAUGGUGUGAAAGGAACAGGUUCAUCAACAGUGAUUUUACCGUUAGAGAUUUCUACUCCAGUAGAGCAAAAUAUAGAAAUUUAACAAGUAGAAAUCUUUUUGUUUAUGAUUCUUUAAUCUUUUUUUAUGAAUUUUUCUGUUAUAAAUAUUUCCAUAUAUUGAAAUUCUGGUAUAUUUUGAACACCAAGAAUA